CAUCCAGCAGCAUUCAGAUACAAUUAUACAAACAUUAUUUAGCUAUGACCAACCUUUCCUUUAUGAUGGCUUUUCUUCUCUCCCUCUUGUUGCUCUUCUCUUGUCAAAACAUAAUAAUUGAGGCCAGGGAAGGCAAAGGAUGUAUAGGAAAAUGUUCUCCUAAUCCUUCCCCUUCAAUGAUAGAUGCAAAAGAAGGAGUCAACAAAUGUCCUCCUAAUCCUUCUCCUUCAAUGAUAGAUUCAGAAGAUGGGGUAAAUAAAAAAGUCAAAUGUCAUAAAUCUCCUACUCCUUCUCCUUCGAUGAUAGAUUCAGAAGAUGGGGUCAAUAAAAAAGGCAAAUGUCAUAAAUCUCCUACUCCUUCUCCUUCAAUGAUAGAUUCAGAAGAUGAGGUCAAUAAAAAAAACGAAUGUCAUAAAUCUCCUACUCCUUCUCCUUCUAUGAUAGAUUCAGAAGAAGGGGCUAAUAAAAAAGGCAAAUGUCAUAAAUCUCCUACUCCUUCUCCUUCGAUGAUAGUCUCAGAAAAAACACUCAACAACGUAUGUAUGGACAAUGAGGGACAUAAAAUCAAAUGUCAUUGCAAGUGUCCAAAGCAUAAAGCUCAUACUCCUUCUCCUUCUGCUUCAAUAAUGAUGGAUUCAGAAGGAGCUUACAACCAAUGCAUGGACCAUAAAGGACAUAUGGGUAAAUGCCCUCCUAGUCCUUCCCCUUCAAUGAUAGAUUUAGAAGAAGAAGUACUCAUCAAAGAAUGUAUGGACCAUAAAGGACAUAUGGGUAAAUGCCCUCCUAGUCCUUCCCCUUCAAUGAUAGAUUUAGAAGAAGAAGUACUCAUCAAAGAAUGUAUGGACCAUAAAGGACGUAUGAAUAAAUGUCAUUGCAAGUGUCCUAAAGCUAAAGCUCCUACUCCUUCAAUGAAUGAUUAUGACUUUUUAAACUAGAUGUAACCCGAAUAUAUAUUUUCUUCAUAUAAUAAUAUUAAUAAAAA